AUGCAAGCUUCAAGUUCGAACAAGAACGGUGACGAUGCAGAACAAGAUGCUCUAUCAGACCUGAUUCAAAAACUGAAUGAGCCUCAUGACAAGCUUGGUCGAGACCUUUUGUGUUCUUCUAUUCAACAGAUUCUGUCAAAGUCUUCAAAGUAUUCUGUUGAAACUCAAUCUGGAAUAGAACUGAAGGACGGGCAGUUGCACUUUGGUGUCUUUGAAACUGACAGCUCAACCAACAGCAGCCCAACAAAGCCCAAAACAAUCACUCUAAAGAACAAUUAUAAAUCAGAAGUCAACAUCAACGCUAUUGCCAUCAUCCCUUCAACCAACAUAUUCUCCUUGUCAAAGACACCUCAUCCACCACCUGGCCUUCAUGCCAAAACACUACUUCAAGGCAAAUCCUCAAUAGAUAUAUCGGUAUCGUGCUCCAUCCCGACAACUAUUGGAACUCAUUCUGGAUGGCUGCUAGUCGUAUGUACUCGUCGUAAUGAUGCCAUGCCUACAAAACCGAUUAUAUUCGCCAAACCAUUGCUUGUAGUGCUACGAGGUGAAAGAUUUGAGUGCGAUCCUUAUGCUCCUUCCUUUGUCCCGAAACACAUGAAAGCACUCAAUAAGCUGCCAGCAUACGACGUUUGGGGUACGCCACUAGCAUCGCCGAACUUUUUAUUAUAUCAGAGUACAUGGACACCGGCUCUGCUUCCUCCGCGAGCUGAAAGUUUCCAUACUCCUGACCAGUCUGCUAUAAAUAAUAUGCCCUUGUCGAUACCCAACUAUACCAAAUCCUAUUGGGAUCUACUCUGGACUGAAAUAAAUGAACGAACAAAGGAAAUGGAUCUAUACGCCAUUUACGAAACAAAAAUAAACGUUGGCCCCAAUAAAGUCUCUCCCGAGUAUUACGAAGUAUCUGUGCCGGGGCUUACACAGUCAGCGCCACAUUUGAUGCCAGGAGAUCUUGUGGUGGUCCGAAAAUACUCAAACUUUGAUCAAAUGCAAUAUUGUUUCUUCAUCCAAGCAGCCCUUAGAGCAAAGAGUGCCAUUAUAUUUAAACCGAUUCCAAAUAUACCAUGGUUUGAAACAGAAUCAGAGACGUACAACAUCCAAUUCAGGCCAGCCUCUGAAAUGUUACGCUGGGCAGGCCGAUCUCUGUUGAUGAUUGAUAAUCAAUCUCAAAUACAUUCCAACAUUGCUGAUCAAUUCCGAAAAUGGUUGAUGCCUGAACCAUCUGAUGGAAUCAGAAAGGAAGGACGUCUCGGAUCGCCUCUUCGCUUGCCGCUGUAUAAUCCUCAACUGAACUUCGAACAGCAAAAAGCUAUACAGGCGGUUGUGGAAGGCAAUUAUGGAUCAGUGCCUUAUGUGAUAUGGGGUCCACCCGGAACUGGAAAGACUGCUACAAUCACGGAAGCAAUCAUCCAAAUUGUAAAUGGCAAUCCAAGCACUCGUAUACUAGCCUGUGCCCCCUCAGGAAGUGCAGCAGACACUAUUGCUACUCGUCUCGCCAAGUAUUUGACGCUUGCUCAAAUGUUUCGCCUCAAUUCACCUCACAGGGGUGAAGCUGAAGUGCCAGAUACACUCAGGAUGUACUGCCACUCUGAGAAUGGAUUCUUCUCUUUGCCACCUUUUGCAAAGUUGAUUCAGCAUAGAGUCAUUGUCUGUACUUGCCAUGAGGCCGGCUUAUUGGUCAAUGCAGGUAUCACGAAUUUUCGGCUCUCGGAGGUCUCCUACUUGUACAAUUAUUAUGGAAAUCAAAGCUUUCCUCAUUUGCAUCCCUUGGAGUUGCUGAAACUCAACACUCACUUCAGUCAUCUCUUUAUUGAUGAGGCUGCUCAGGCUACAGAACCCGAAACAUUGAUAUCUCUAUCUGUAGUGUCGCCAUACUAUCCACCUAUAUUGCCCACUGGAGCUUCGCCCACAUUCAAGCUUGAACCAGCUCGACCUGCUAAAAUAGUUCUCUGCGGCGACCAUUGCCAGUUGGGACCAUUGCUGAAAAGUGACGAAGCCAAGCCGAAACUUGGUAUAUCAUGGUUGGAACGCUUGAUGAAUUUGGACUUUUAUAAACGACAUCCUAAUGCUCGACAACAACGUCACGUAUCAGCAUCACCCUUAUCAGAUAGCAGUAGGAUAGACCUCAGUAAUAGUCCAGACAUGAGCUUGCAGGAUGUCGUACCGCCAUUUGCCAACUUGAUUCGGAACUAUCGCUCGCAUCCUACUCAACUUAUGGUGCCGUCAUAUUUAUUUUACGGAGAUACUCUGGAGCCUUGUGGCAACAAAAAAGUCAUUGAGAUGUUUCUUGAUCAUCCAAUCCUGCCCAACAAGCAGGUGCCAAUCGUGUUCUAUGGAAUCGAAGAUAACGACACUGGAGAUAUAGAGGGAUGGAAUUGGUAUAACGAAGCUGAGUUAGGCCAGCUGGUCAAAACUGUAAAAAGACUAGUGUUUGGGGAAGACGGAUUAUCACCAGAAGUACAUGUAGGACCAACAGAUAUAGGUGUCAUUUCUCCCUUCCGUGAGCAAGUUCGACGUAUUCGUCAAGCUCUGCGUCAAGAGAAGUUGAGAGACGUGAACGUUGGUACUGUUGAAGAUUAUCAAGGGAAAGAAUUCAAAGUGAUUCUCAUCUCAACAGUCCGUUCACAGCACCGAUUCCUAUCUGGUGAUGUGGAUCGCGAUAUUGGCCUAGUCCACUUCCGUAAACGACUAAAUGUAGCAAUCACACGAGCCAUGGCUCUCCUCGUCGUAAUCGGAAACCCGCACUUGCUAGGAUACGACGUGAACUGGACAUCAUUCAUGUCAUUCGUAUAUCGUCACGGAUGCUUUGAAGGAUGCCUACCACCCUUACGUGUCCUCUCAUUCUCUCGAGACACUGAAAUCAGUCGCUUAGAAAAGGCGUGGCUGCAUUUUCACUCUCUACAGAAGUCGAAUCCAAAGGAAUGGCUUGGUAGUGGGGGUAUGGGAGUCGCAGAGUUGAACAAGAAGUUUAUUGGGUUGGAUUUCGAUGAGCAUGCUGUUUAUGAUCAUCAAGUUGAGCAAGGAGAAGAUGAGGAAGAGGAAGAAGAGGAUGAUGGUAUUGAAGUUGAGAUUGGGUCGGAUGAUGCCAGUACUGUUUCGAUUGAAAUUUCGGAUUGA